GAGUGCUCUUUUAAAUCACAAAGCUAUGUGUACUCUCAUUAUUACCUGGGAAAUGGUUUGGUUUGUGAAUCACUGGUUUAUUUUUAUUUCGAGUAGUGUGUUUCAACAUGUUCUAGAGGAAAUAUUAUUUUUUUAAAACAACAACAUAGGACUACAUGCUUUAUGACUCAUACACAAUGGUGUGUUGUGUUGUUUUGGUUUCAUUACAUCACUUGGAGCUUUAUGACUCAUACGUUUCAUUUGGCCCUAAACCAUAUAGUUCGUAGUCUCCUCCCACGCACUCCCCCACACCCACCCUGAGGUAUACAGUCUGGAUAGCUCACCUCUUGUCUCAUUCCAAUCUGAAUCACCAGAUCAGAAAGCAACAUGUGUACCGAGCAGGAGUGCGGGAUUUGUUACCGGACCUACAACACAGGUCGUCGGUGUCCCCGGGAGCUCCACUGCAGACACAGCUUCUGCGAGUCCUGCCUCCUGGCCCUCUCACGACCCCAGGGACCCAUCGUCUGUCCGCUGUGCCGACAAACCACCUCCAUCUCCGGGACGCUGAGAGCCGAGUUGAGGGUUGACGAGUGCGUCCUGGAGCGGCUCAUAUCCUCGGGAGUCCUCGACCAGGAAGACGAGGAGGACGAUAACCCGGAGGAAGAGGUCUGUCCCGGGCUAGACGCUUGUGACGACACCGAGGAGUUCCCCGAGACUCCAGCCGAGGAAGGCAACGCCUCCCCGGGCUCCAGAGGCAGGGGGCUCCGGCGGUCCUUCAGGAAAGUUUGGCGGUUGUUAAGUGGGAAGAGCUCUCGGCAGAGGGGCGGAGAAAACUGUAUGACCAAUGACGACUUGAGGAACAUCGCCAUGAUGACCGGCUUUAUGUUUUAAGGAGUCCACAAUUUCAGUGACCCUGGACAAUGUGACACUAUAUUUAUUUUCAAUGGUUCUCAUUCGCAACAUGGACUUGAUGAUGAUGAUGAUGAUGAUGAUGAUGAUGAUGAUGAUGAUGAUGAUGAUGAUGAUGAAACCUUACUGGCCACACACAGCCAACAAUGUCAGCUUUUCAGAUUUCUGAUUGCUACUUUAAACGAUGAACACUAUGAAGCUGUUUUAUUUAAGGCCUAUUUAUGCACUUAUGUACUGUAUGUGGUAUUUAUUAUUUUUGACGAAUGUAUUUAAUUAAAUAUUGUUACAUAUUUAUGGCAAAAUAAAUCUGGUUUCAAAUUACUUUGAAGCUAUUUUC